AUGGACGUCAAGAAUGCUUUUCUACAUGGUGAUCUCAAAGAGGAUGUUUACAUGACUCCUCCACCUGGUCUAUUCUCUACCUCUACUUCAGAAGUGUAUGACAUCGUGAUCACUGGUACAGAUUCCUCCUUGAUUGCUCACCUUCAGCAGAAACUUCAAGAAUCUUUUCACAUGAAGGACCUUGGCCCUCUUACGUAUUUCUUGGGUUUGGAGGUUCAUACUGAUACUUCUGGGGUGUUUGUGCAUCAACAUAAAUAUGCACAAGAUUUGGUUGCUUUGGCUGGUCUUCAAGAUUCUUCCUCGGUGGAUACCCCAUUGGAAGUCAAUCUUAAAUACCGUUGUGAGGAAGGCGAUCUUCUCCCAGAUCCUAGUAUGUUUUGGCAGUUGUUCAGCAAGUUAGCCAAUUUAUGCAAUCUCCACAACAUCUACAUUUGGCAGCAGUUCGUCGUAUCAUUCGAUACCUGCGAGGUUCUUCGCGUCGUGGUUUAUUUUUUUUCUGUUGAUACUCCUAUUCGUCUUGAUGCCUUUAGUGAUGCUGAUUGGGCAGGAUGUCCUAAUACUCGUCGUUCUGUUACAGGUUGGUGUAUGUUUCUUGGAGAUUCUCUAAUAUCUUGGAAAAGUAAGAAGCAAGAUCGUGUUUCCAAAUCUUCGACUGAAUCAGAGUACCGUGCUAUGUCUGCAGCGUGUUCAGAGGUUGUUUGGCUUCGUGGGCUACUCGCUAAACUUGGCUUUCCUCAAUCUGAUCCCACUCCUCUCCAUGCUGACAACACCAGUGCUAUUCAAAUUGCUACUAAUCCAGUAUAUCAUGAGCGUACUAAGCAUAUCGAGGUGGAUUGUCACUAUAUCCGAGAAGCUGUGGAUACUCGUGUGAUUUCUCUUCCCCAUGUUCCACCAACCUCCAGAUUGCUGAUGUGUUUACCAAGGCUAUGA